GUUCAAAUAAACAAAGCAGUGAUAAAGUUAACUUCAGGGCAUUUCGCGAAUUCCAAGUCGUUUAUUCCUCAACGCUUGACGCUUUUGUAUUCUAAGUAAGAAUGACGUUCCUGGCAGUCUUAUUUGUGAUUAACAUCCUGUCGAUUCAUCUGGGUAAGUAGUAACUAAAAAAGGUUGUGCAGUAUUAAAUAUAAUUACUUUUGAAAGGAGGGUAUAAUUGCAAGAAUUUUGAAGGCCGAAGAAAAACAGGAGGAAAAACUAGAAUAAUUGCUUUUAAUUCUCCGCCAAUAAUGCCCGUCAAAUCAAAUCUAAAAGAGUUCUUUGUACUGCUAUAUCAAGCUAAUCGCGGAGUAAAGAAACAUAUUAACACUUCAACUUGCCACGGAAUUCCAACGACUUUAUCACCCUCGUCAACUUACUUUGCAGGCCUUUGCUUAAAAUUUCCUGGCAAUCUGCAACAUUAAGUUGCAUGAUGUUGAAAAACGUAGAGGGGGAAACGUCCUGUUUUAGCAAGAAUGUUGAUGUUUUGGCAGCUUGAUUAUAUUUUAGAAAAGGCGUGUUUUUGGCAGGAAAGUGACGGCACUUAGCUUAUGCAUGGAUAAAAUAUACUGACCUCAAGGCCACAAAACUCGAUUUAGGGACCGUGACCUUUCGAAAACUUAUGGAGGGGCGGGCGAAGUACAAAAAAAAUAUUCGCGCAAGGCAAAAUUCAAUGAAAAAAAUUCAUGCACGCCAAUUAACCCUAAAAAAUAUUCAUGCUGAGGCCUAAAAAAAAUUCAUACAAGGAAUUUGAUAACGAAAAAAAAUUCCUGCGGCUCAAAAAUUCCCCUCCCCCCCAUAACUUUUCUAAUGGUCCGUCCCUUAAGUCCUGCUGGUAUCCUUUGUUUUUGUGACGUCACAAAAAUCCAAACUCUAAUAUCGCAAGGACUUUUAAGGUUUUAUCUCCAGCUAAUAAAGGAUCCCUUACAAAUAAACUUCUGUGCAAGUUUUCAACGUGAAGGUUUUUUCCGUUUUGAAAAUAUAGCUCUUUCUAAUUUCGCAAUUGGCGACCGAGAAGCCGUCAGAUAUGCUAAAAAAAUAAUUUUAUUGCUUGAUAUUAUGCCCUUUGAAUGGUGAAAGUAUUAGAAAAUGUGUUUAGGGAAAUAAUUUGCUCGUUCGCAGUGAACAAUUGAUCAAAUUUGUGGCGAUACUGAUUCCAGAUGUUUGUAUUAUUUCUGGCCGCCAUAUUUGUACCCCUCGGAUGAGCACAAAUAUGGCGUCCCCAUAGUGAGGCCUAUAAAUUUCGGUUGCACAUUUUGAAGAACAACUCAGCAGCGGAAAACUGCACAGACGUGAGUCGUGACCAAGUUGUAAAUUUAUCGAUAUUCUAUAACAUCUAAAAUAAUUGGCUUCAGACAUUCCACGGUUUUGAAUUUAGUUUUCCAUAGCGUGAUAGUGAAAACCACCCAUAGGCACUGAAGUAGUUUAGUCGGGAUGUUCUAAACCGUUUUAUGCGGGGAAAAUCUCAUUAACUUACGGGAAAAUAGAUUAACCACUAGGACGACAUUUCUUCUCUUUAGGGAUCAGAGGGGAACCCUUUUUGUGGGGGUACCUCAUUAAAGAAUGAUGACAUGGUCUAUGUUUUGUGCAGUGCUUAGUAGUGAUAAAUGAGAUUUAUGGAGUAAAAGGCAUAGAAAUAAUCCCUCGCAAAAAGGUCCUAAAACAAAAACCCUAUUAAGCCACUGUGAGACUCAUUCCAGAUAAACUCACUCUCAGUCUUUUAUGUACGUCUUUUUACUCUCUAGUGAUUGCUGACAGCUUCUGCUUGUUUUUGUUGAAAAGGAGCAUCUGAUGAAUUGCUGUCAUGUUUCCAUUGCACCAGCUACAGUUCCAUGGGCGACUGCACUGAGAAUCAACAGAAAGUCAAUUGUCCCAUAGACGCAAAUCGUUGCGGGGUACUGUUAAUGCAUUCCCAAGGGAUAAACCGAUUUGGGAAAGGAUGUGUGUCUGAAGAAAUUUGUCAAGAAUACCAGGCACCAGGAUACUAUGAGAUAACUAUGGCUCAGAGUGCGAAUUGAAAUGCUGCGGCCAUAACUUGUGUAACCAAUAGUGAGAGUGUAUGUGUGUAAGAGAUAAAAUGUGUAAAGGCUGCAUGUUUAUCAAAUGUCUCGAUACCGAAAUAUCAGAUUUUCUGGCAACUACUCAUGCUUUUAACUAAAACACGGAAGUUUAAGUUAAGUGAAAAUGGGCUUAAAAUGUGUGGUAAUCUUUUUAUAACAAUAUAAUAGCGUUGCAGCGUACCUUUUUAAUUUAACCGCCCUCCUUAAUUGAAGACUCGACAAAACGAUCUUCGCCUUCGUCUUCCAG